AUGGGCGGCCUGUCGGCUCUCCUCAAGACCGUCUUCGUCCCCCUCGUCGCUGCCGCCCUCCUCUAUCUCGUCGUCACCUACGCCCUCCUCCCCCUGCACCGUCGCUAUGUGCGCAAGUACCAGCACUACCUGCCUCUCUCCUCGCUCGCCCCCGCAUCGCUCGUGCCCGACCCGUCCGCGGGCUCGCUGCGCCAUCGCCUCUCGGCCCUGUUCGACGCCUUCCGCUCCCCGUCCUAUGUGCCCGCCCGCAUCCACGCCGCCCACCCCGUCUACGGCGACGACAGCGACCUUGACCUGACCGACGGCGAGGGAGAGGGCAUGAUCGGCUUCAGCCCCGUCGAUGGCCCGAGGCGCGAGGCGCUGGAGCGGAGCGGCCGAGGUGGGCAUGCCGGCGCAAGUGAGAGGAGGCUUAGUCGAGACCUCGAGGAGGGCUUCAGAGACAGCAGCAGCGACGACGAGGCGCCGCGCGCCAACAUGCUCGGGCGCAUCAGAUGA